UGUGCCGCACCGGGCUCCCAGUCAUGGCUUCCACUGACUCCUCCGCCGUCACCGAGCUCUGCCAGAACGGGCGCCAGGUGUUCAUGGACGCCUCCCAGCUGCUUCUUACCUAUGCCGACAACAUCCUGCGGAGUCCAAAUGAAGAAAAGUACCGAUCUAUAAGAAUUGGGAACACAGCAUUUUCCACCAGACUCUUGCCAGUCCCAGGUGCUGUGGAGUGUUUAUUUGAAAUGGGAUUUGAAGAGGGAGAGACACAUCUUGUGUUUCCUAAGAAGGCAUCAGUAGAAAAGUUGAGGAAGGUCAGAGACCGUAUAGCAUCUGAAAGAGACAAGCACCUUAAUGGGUCAAGCGUGACAGUACCUGCUGCUACAGGGAGUGUGCAGCAAACAGCAAGUCCAAGCCUGGCAUCUGAAAUAAAAUUCUUUAAAAUGCUACAGUCAAACUCCCAGCAUGUCUUGAUGUACGAGCUGCCUGAACUUCAGCAGAAAGCCAGAGAACAUAUUCCUGUGUCAGAACUGAAAGCAAAAGCGCAGAAAAAACUACAGGAAGCCAGAAGUCUUGAAGCUGACACCACAAUGAGUGAAGACGAAUUCUUGACAUUAGAGCUGUUACACUGGUUUAAAGAGCAGUUCUUCAGCUGGGUGAACAGCAUUCCUUGUAGUAGGUGCGAAGGGCCGACUGAGGCGAAAGGAUCAUUGUCAUCUUCUGCCGAUGAUCUGCAGUGGGGGGCUACCAGGGUGGAGAAUCAUUACUGCAACAAGUGCCAGUACAUCAACAGGUUCCCAAGAUACAAUGACCCAGGGAAGCUUUUGGAAACCAGACGUGGGCGAUGUGGUGAAUGGGCGAACUGCUUUACCUUGUGCUGCAGGGCUGUAGGACUGGAAGCAAGAUAUGUGUGGGACGCCACAGAUCAUGUCUGGACUGAGGUGUUCUCUUCAUCUCAAAACAGAUGGCUUCAUUGUGACCCAUGUGAGAAUGCCUGCGACAAACCUCUCCUAUAUGAGGUCGGAUGGGGGAAAAAACUCUCAUAUAUCAUUGCAUUCUCUAAGGAUGAGGUUGUGGAUGUCACUUGGAGGUAUUCAUGUAAACAUGAUGAAGUCAUCGCAAGGCGGAAAGAUGUUCGGGAAAGUUGGUUAAGGGAAACUAUUACUGGUCUCAACAAGACGCGGCAGCAAUCUUUACUAGAACAAAGAAAAAAGGAGCUGCUCGGGAGGCUGAUUGUGGAGAUUGUGGAAUUUAUGUCUCCAAAGACACCCAAAUCUGGUGAGCUUGGUGGUCGAGUAUCAGGGUCUCUUGCUUGGCGUUUCGCACGAGGAGAAACUGGUUUGCAGACCAAGAGUUUCGUCUUUGUACCCACGGAAAAGGAGAAAACGGACAAGCGUUUCCAUCUUCAAUACAACGUUGUUGACGAUAGCUACUCAAGGGUCUCAAAUAACAAUGAGGUGAUAAAUGGCUGGGAAAAUGGAGUCUGGAUGACAGAGUCUAUGAGCAGAAAGGUGGAGAAUGACUGGAAGAUGGUAUAUUUGGCGCGCACAGAAGGUUCCUCCUCCGCUAAGAUUGGCUGGAAGUUUGAGUGUGCAUCGGUGGGAUUGAGUGUUGAAAGUAUAAGUGUCCGCUCAAGUAGCCAGACAUUCAACAAUGGCAAAAUAAACUGGACCCUACGUUCUCUAGAAACUCAAGUGGAAGUUAAUUCUGAUAAGAACCUUUAUACUUAUCCAGAGUUUAGAAAUGCAUCCGAAGUUAUAUUGGAAGCUGAUCUAUGUGAUGGAGAAGGAAAUACUGCGUGGCAACAUACACAGUUGUUUAGAGAGAGCCUAAGUGGGACUGAACCCGCGUUGGAAAUUAUUAUAACUUUUAAAGAACUUUAGAAAUUCUGGAAUAACAUUUUUAACAUUAUAAGUGAGGUCUGUUUGAUAUGAAGAGAUGCUUCCUUAGGGAUCCAGACGUGAUUGAGACAUUACAGCUUUUACAUUGACGGUUUACAUUGCCUUUGCUGUUCUACAGUUUUCCCUGAGGUGCACAUAGGACACACUAGCUUUCUGAUAAAACUUCUGUACUGGUGGAGGGGAGUUUCCAGAAUUGUACAUUUUUUUAAAGGUUUUAUUGUGUUGUAAAAAUCCAGUUGAACAGUAUGAUGUCUUAAAAUGUCUUAUGCCUAAAGGCGUUAUUCAGGAAUACAUAACCAGAGCUUAUUUCUUCCAAAAAAGGCACCACCUCUGUCCUCAGGUUGUGU